GGAAUCGGAUCCUGGCCCCGCCCCCCUCCGCCAGGCUUCUGUCUGCAACAGGCGUGGGUCACGCUCUCGCUCGCUCUCUUUCUGCCGCCAUCUUGGUUCCGCGUUCCCCGUACAAAAUGCCCGGUGAAGCCACAGAAACCGUCCCUGCUACAGAGCAGGAGUUGCCACAGCCCCAGGCUGAGACAGCUGUGCUUCCUGUGUCUUCAGCUUUGAGUGUCACUGCUGCCUCAGGGCAGCCUGACCCUACCCUUCCCCCUCCUUGCUCCCUGGCCCCCCAACAAUGCCCUCUGGCAACCCCUAACCAGCUUUCCUCAUUCCUUUCUCCCUCUACUAUUGCCUCAACUCCUUUUGAAGCUCCUUUUCCCCAGUCAUCCUCUGGGAUAGCCCUGCCUUUGGGAUCUGCCCCUUCCCCCCCUGACACCCCAGUUUUCCUGCCAAACAUAAUAGGGCCUCCCAUCUCCCCAGCUGCCUUAGCUCUGGCCUCUCCCAUGAUAACUCCAACUCUGAAAGGUGCCCAUUCCUGUUCAGCUCCCUUGGCUCUGGUGGCCUUGGCUCCCCACUCAGUUCAGAAGAGUUAUCCACCUAACCCUCUUAGUUCACCUCCUUCAGUUGCUAUGGCGGAGUCAGGGUCAGUGACAUCUCCGCCGGCUCCCACUGCAUCCUCAGAACCAAAGACCUCUCCUAUUCAAGCUCCCUCUGAAGUAGUCCUUAAUCCAAAGGGUACUCCUAUCCCUCCAGGUAUAGUCAGUGCUGUUCCUUCGCAUCUUAUAACUCCCUUGGCCUCUGUUCAAUCUGGAGUAGCCUCAUGUCCUCAACCACCUGCCACUCCCCUAGCCAUCACUUCCUCUCAGGCCAAAGGCAUCCCUGUUUCCUCAGCUCUGACUUCUCCACAGAACCCUGUAAGCCUCAGCCUAAAGGGACCACUUAGUCCACCUGCUGCCUUAUCUCUUCCAACCGAGACUAUUCCUAUGACUCCCAACGUCCCCCCACUUUUCCUCCCUUCUCUGGGCUCUCAUCUUGCACCUUUACAUCAGAGUUCUGUUGGUUCUCCUGUCCAACCUUUAAGUCAAACAGGCCCUAAUGUUCUGUCAGAUCCUACAGUGGAUACCAUUUCUGGAGAUGAUUCUUCCAUAGGAGCCUCUUACCCUUCUCAGAGGUCUACAAUUCAUCCCCUUCCUUCCAGAAAUGAGGUGGUUCCUGCUGCUGUGGGUGCUUUUCCAGUGGAGGCUCCCACUCCCCCUCUGGCUCUGUCUGUUGACAAAGCCCCCUCUACCAUCACUAGCAUAGCCUCCUACAGCCCCUCUGGCUCCUCAAAUGUAGCUACCUCUUCUCCAUUAUCUUCUGCAGCCUCUCUCAUUCUCAAAGGGUCUCCUAAUGCCACUCAUCAUCAGCCUUUGGUGGCCCAGAUUCCUGCUGCUUCUCCAGGGAGUCCAGGCUUGAAAGAAGCUCCUGUUUCCUCUUUUGGAACCACCCCGCUUAUGAGUAAUCCCUGUACAAUUUCUGCAACACCUGCUGCCUUUGAGGUAGCUACUUGUGUCUCUCCUCCACUUUCAUCAGGUCUUAUAAGUAGUACAGACUCAGCUUCCCUUACUAUGGCUCCCAAAGAGCUUCCUACUCCUCAAGUAACAACCACUCUGGGGAUACCAGUCUCUCCUUUGCCAGCCCCUGAGGACCCCAAAAGUCUCCCUGCUUCAGUACUGGUAAAGUUCCCAACACAAAAAGAUCUCCAAACUGUACCUGCUUCUCCUGUAGGAGCCCCUGUUUCACCAGCCCAGGCAGGACUCCCUACCAAGAAAGAUCCUACUAUACUACCAGUGGCCCUGGCAGCCCCUAAAAAUACCCCUUCUCCCCAAAGUACAUCACCUUCUCUGGAGAUAUCUCUUUCUCCUGAAGCCACUUUGGCAAAGAAAAGCCUUAUAGAACCUCUCCCCGUAGUUAAGCCAGCCACUACAUUUCCUUUGGAAAGUGCUUCCACCGCUGGGGUGGCUCCUACAACUGCCAAAGCAGCUGCCUCUGAGAAGGUCCUUCCUAAAGCUGGAUCAGCAUCUGUCUCUCUAGCACCCACCCCAUCAGUCCCUCUGCCUCUUGCUCCCUCCCCAGUUCCCCCUCUGCUUCCUAAACAGCCAUUUCUGCCCUCCUCACCUGGGCUGGUGCUGGAAUCACCCUGUAAGCCCUCAGCCCCUGCUGAUGAGGAUGAGCUGCCGCCUCUGAUUCCCCCGGAACCAAUCUCGGGGGGAAUGCCUUUCCAGUCGGUCCUCGUCAACAUGCCCACCCCCAAACCUGCUGGGAUCCCUGCCCCAACCCCCUCUGCCAAGCAGCCUGUUCUGAAGAACAACAAGGGGUCUGGAACAGAAUCUGACAGUGAUGAAUCAGUACCAGAGCUCGAGGAACAGGAUUCCACACAGGCAACCACACAACAGGCCCAGCUGGCAGCAGCAGCUGAAAUUGAUGAAGAGCCAGUCAGUAAAGCAAAACAGAGCCGGAGUGAAAAGAAGGCACGGAAGGCUAUGUCCAAACUGGGUCUUCGACAGGUUACAGGGGUUACUAGAGUCACUAUCCGGAAAUCUAAGAAUAUCCUCUUUGUCAUCACAAAACCAGAUGUCUACAAGAGUCCAGCUUCAGAUACCUACAUAGUUUUUGGGGAAGCCAAGAUCGAAGAUUUAUCUCAGCAAGCACAGCUAGCAGCUGCUGAGAAAUUCAAAGUUCAAGGUGAGGCUGUCUCAAACAUUCAAGAAAACACACAGACUCCAACUGUACAAGAGGAGAGUGAAGAGGAAGAGGUUGAUGAAACAGGUGUGGAAGUUAAGGACAUAGAAUUGGUCAUGUCACAAGCAAAUGUGUCGAGAGCAAAGGCAGUCCGAGCCCUGAAGAACAACAGUAAUGAUAUUGUAAAUGCUAUUAUGGAAUUAACAAUGUAACCAUCUGAAAACGAGGACUUUUUUUGGUGUUUCAAGAGUAUCUGCAGCUUGGUUUGAAAUUUGUACUGUUUCUAUCAUUAAUAAAGUUAUGGCUUCUUGUUGGAUGAACUCA